CUUGAAAGAAAUAUAGAAGUAAAAUGGUAAAAUAUUCAGUACCAUAUAAACUUUCUGAUUAACUUGAUAUUUAAAAAGUUUUGAGUAGUAACUGAGUGACAAUGAAAUAUAUAAUCACAUUUUUGUUGGUAACUGGCACUACUUUUCAAAUUGUGCAAUCAGAUGAUCAAUUUCAAAACACUGAUGUAUGGAUUUAUCCAGGAGUUAAAGAACAAAUUAUGUGGCUUAAAGAUAUUGCCGUUGGUACAACUAGUGAUAUUAUGAAAUAUGAUAUUAUGAAUCUCCCAUCCAACAUGAAAGACAAAAUAGUAAGUGUAUUUACUCAUAAACCGUCUGUGCCAAAUACGGAAAUGGUAGAUGGUAAAGUGUCAAAGGUAAAGAUAGUAACAACGACAGUAACAACAGAUAACGGAGAAGUACCAACCAGUAUCAUACCAACAGAUUCAAAAACAGUAAUCACGACUAAAGAAACAGAAACAGAAAUAUAAUAAUAGAAUGAUAAUACAUUUAUCAAUUGUUUAAAGUUUUUAUAUUUAUAAUCAUUUAAUUUAAAAAUAGAUUAAGACAAUUGAUUAUAAUUUUUAAGCACCUAUUAAUAUAAUGACACUUAAAAUAAGUUAAUACUUAAGUUCAUAAACUGAAAAUAUAACUUGUCUGAUUGCACAAUUUAAAUUAUUAUCUAUAAAUUUUAACUAAAUUUCA